AUUAUGUUCAAAAUUGUUCAUCAUAUGUAAAUAUAAAUGGUUUGUCUAUAUAUAAAUAUUAAAUGUAAAUGUUAAAUAUAAAUGUUAAAUGUAAAUGUAAAUAUAAAUGUUAAAUAUAAAACUUAAAUAUAAAUAUAAAUGUUAAAUAUAAAUGUUAAAUGUAAAUAUAAAUAUAAAUGUUAAAUGUUAAAUAUAAAACUUAAAUAUAAAUAUAAAUGUUAAAUAUAAAUGUUAAAUGUAAAUAUAAAUGUUAAAUGUUAAAUAUAAAUGUUGAGAACGUAUGCUAAUUAGCCACGCCCAUCUGCGUAGAAAUGGGCGGGACCGACGAGAGCGUGCUAAGUGGUUGCAGGUUAGAGCUGAUAAAGAACAACAUGGCGAAUUCCGCUCAAUUAGAGGUUAUUGAACGUGCUGUUUUGGCAGGUGUUCGCGCGGCAUUAAAUGGCAUUGCCACACAAGCGGGAGCAGCAUCAUCUACGUCUUCUACAGUGACAUCGGAUGGCAGCCUAAACCAGAUUUCCAAAGAGGACAUUGAGAAUUUGCUGUCACUAAGUUUGACAUUAACUGAGGUAGCAUCAGUCCUGGUGAUUUCCAGACCCACAUUAUACAAAUAUAUGCAAGAGUACAAUAUUCCACAAUCCAAGUUUUCCAGUAUUCCAGAUGAGGAAUUGGAUGCUAUGAUUAACCAAAUAAAGUCAGAACAUCCACAUGCAGGAGAAGUAAUGCUGAAUGGACAUCUACGUUCCAGAGGCAUCAUUGUGCAGAGAAGGCGUCUACGAGAGUCAGUGAAAAGGAUUGACGGUACUGGUCUCGAAUCAAGGAGAAGAACAGCAGUUCAUCGACGUGUUUAUGCUGUACCCUGUCCAAAUUAUAUCUGGCACGUGGAUGGAAACCAUAAAUUGAUUAGGUGGAAACUGGUUGUACAUGGUGCAAUGGAUGGAUACAGUCGGAUGUUGAUGUUUCUUAGGUGUUCCAACAACAAUCGAGCUGAAACUGUCAAGGACCUUUUCAGUACAGCUGUCAGUGAAUUUGGCAGGCCUCUCCAUGUUAGAACUGAUCACGGAGGGGAAAAUGUCCAGAUUUGGCAGGACAUGAGACUGCACCGCGGUGAAACAUCUGUACUAACUGGAAACUCAGUACAUAACCAAAGAAUUGAACGGUUCAAUCGGGAUUUAAACAGGAACUGUAGUCAUGUUUACGCUCCCAUUUUUUAUGAGCUGGAAUCAAUGGAGGCUUUGAAUGUAGAAAAUGAAACUGAUUUAUUUUCUUUGCAUUUUGUAUAUAUUCCAAGGUUAAAUCGCACACUGGAUGAGUUUAAAGAUGCAUUUAACAAUCAUUCAAUCUCCUCUGAAGGGAACAGAACACCAGUUCAGCUUUACACAGUGGAUAGACAUCUUUUGUUUCUUAACAAUCCAGAUGUUGCUAGCGAAGAAAGAACAGUAAACUCCACAUCCACCAUGAACCAAACAUCAACACCUUCGCAUAUGAACUAUUCAUUUUCCCCUUUGAAUGAACAGGGUUUACAAGAGUUGUUUGAUACAGUAAACCCCCUUGACAACGAUGGUAACAACGGAAAGACAUUAUUCCUGAGAGUACAGGAGUUUGUGUUUAACAAAAUUAUGAAUGAGCAAUGAGCUGUGUGUGUAAAUGAGAUGUGUGUGUAAAUGAGCUGUGUGUGUGGAACGCUAGAUACUUUUGACUAGUCUACACAGUACUGAAAAUGCCACCAUUCAUGAGAGCCACAAUAAAAUGAUAAUCAAAUGCAGUGUCAUCUGCCAAAUUCUUUGUAUUUAUAAAAAUCAGAAGCUCGUUUGAGCAUGUGUGAGCAAGUGGAAGGUGCUUCAUCUCAUCGUGAACAAAGGUGAGCUUGGGACUAGGACUGAAUCCAACUGCAGGGACUUUGCUGCUCCCUGUUGCAAAAGCAAGUACAUGUGCAGGACUCAAGGUCA